AUGUCCACCGGAGAUUUAGAAGCGUAUGAAGCAACAAGAAAAUCCAUGGGUGAGAUUAUGAAGAAGCUUAAAGAUGACAACGUCACUGCCCUUGCGGUCUACGGAAUGGGCGGAGUCGGCAAGACAACCCUGGUAAAACAUGUCGCUGCUCAAUCCUGCAAAAAUGGGAUUUUUCAUCAUGUGGUUAUGGCUGUUGUAUCCCAAAGCCCCAACGUUGAAAGAAUUCAACACACAUUACUAGAAGAGCUGGUCGGCUUUGAGAAUUUAACAGAAAGUGGAAGAGCCUCUAGAUUGUAUAAAGAGAUAAUGAGGAAACACAAUAUCCUCAUACUCUUGGACGACAUUUGGGGGUUUAUAGAUUUGUCCAGAAUAGGAAUUCCCAGCUAUGACCUGCUCAAAAAAUGCAAUUCUAAAGUCCUAAUCACCACGAGAAAAUUGCAUGUUUGUAAUUCCAUGCACAGCCAAGCAAGCAUUCUUCUCAAUAUCUUAUCAGAACAAGAUUCUUGGAGCAUGUUUGUGAAGAAAACAAAAAGAUCUUUUGAAUCAACCACUUUUGAGGGUGUAGCGAGAAAGGUUGCUGGAGAAUGUAGGGGUCUACCCAUUGCUCUGAUAGCAGUUGCAAGGGCACUUGGAGAUAAAGAUCUGGCGGAAUGGCAAACAGCAGCUCAACAAUUAAAGAAGUCGCAAAUGGCCAACCCUGAUCAUGAUGACACAGCUUUCGAAUGUUUGAAAUUAAGCUAUGAUUACUUGAAACAUGAGGACUACAAAUCAUGCUUCUUGUUGUGUUGCCUAUUUCCAGAAGACUAUGACAUCCCAAUAGAAGACUUGUUCAAGUAUGCAAUUGGGAAAGGAUUGUUUCGAGACACCGACACAAUAUACGAAGCCAGAGCAAUAGCUGACACAGUGGUCAAGCACCUGAUAGAUUCUAGCUUGCUUUUGGAUGGUAAAUAUGAUGGACAUGUAAGGAUGCACGAUGUUGUCCGGGAUACAGCCAUGAGAAUUGCAAAAUGUGAAGAUGGCCAUGGGUUUUUGGUGAGAGCUGGAUGUGGUCUUAAGGAUUGGUCAUGUCGAUCACAUGAAGACUACUAUGCUAUCUCACUAAUGGGGAAUGAACUUCACAGUCUACCCGAAGAGUUGAUAGGUUCAAAACUUAAGAUUUUAUUACUACAAGGGAAUCGGUAUUUAAAUGAGAUCCCAGAGACCUUUUCCCAAAGUCGAAAUGAAUUAAGAGUCUUAGAUCUUAGCCGCACCAACAUUUCAUUGCUGCCCCAAUCAUUCAGUCUCCUGACCAAGCUCCAAGCUCUGCAUCUAGAUUUUUGCUUGAAAGCAGUUGACAUUUCCAUAAUCGGAAAACUUAAGAAGCUUGAGAUUCUUAGUAUGAGACAAUAUCCUCUUACGGAGCUGUCUAGAGAAAUAGGAAAUUUGACCAAUCUAAGGAUGUUGGAUAUCGAUGGCUGGAGUUCUGAAGGUGGAGGUAUUGUCACAAUUCCAUCUGAAGUGAUAUCAAAGCUGCAUAGAAUAGAAGAAUUGUACAUGAUGAACUGUGGAUUUGUGAACUGGGAAAGUCCAAUUGAGGGAGAAGGAGAUGAAAUCAAUAUUGGCUUUGGUGAGCUAGCUGGUUUAUCAAAGUUGAAAAUUUUGCAGGUUUUCUUACCUAAUGCAGAAUACAUCCCUAAAAAUGUCGAGGUCGAACCAGGUUGGUUUUACUUUGAUAUACAUAUUGGGUGCACAAGUGGUCUAGAUUAUCAGUUUGAUCGUAAAUCAAGAUCCUUGCUUCUUCGUAAAAUAACCAUCAGUACCUUACCUGAUUGGUUUAUCAAAGCGGUGACAGAGAAAACAGAGAAGCUAGAGUAUGACUGCUGCGGAGGGAUGAGUGACAUUGUUAUGGAAUAUGACCAUGGGAGGUUACAUAAACUCAAGCAUCUCACUGUUGCUGGGCAUCGUCUUCAUUCUUAUGUGUACUUGAAAGAGUUGAUGAACACAAUAAGACGAGUUGAAACAAGACCAGUGUUUGAGAAUUUGGAAGAGUUGCAUCUGAUAGAUCUGAUCCACCUGGAGGAGUUGUGUGUUGAGACUACCAAAUCUGGAGAAACUAUAUCUGAAUUGGAUGAAGGAAAUGGAACAUGUGUUUGGAUGCGAAGGGUGUGA